AUGAGAGACCCUAUGAGCGUCGCGCGGACAAUCCCUAGUGUAACUCAAUGGGUCGAUGAGGUGCGCAAACCGUCACACCACGGCGCAUCACCCACACAGAAUGCAACCUCCGCGGGAAAUCAAUGCCGCCUCGAAAUUCCAGUUGAAGGUGGAAAUGCUUUUGCGGAUGACGAACCCGGUAAAAAGUUAGCCACCAUGGUUGCCCUUGACGAUGGUGGAGACAGCGCACCAAUAGAGUUCCCACACACCUCAAAUAAGAAGGGAAACCGUCUCCAACACUGGACACAUCCAUCAUUAAUCAACCCCAUCAAUGUAGCAGGAACGAUUCAACUAGUUCAGCGUGAACCUCCAAGAUGCUACUUUCAUCGGAUGUAUAAGGGUCUAAUGUUUCAAGUGUUUAUCAGUCGGUCAUAUUCGGGGAUGGGUGCCUGUUUAGAUAAGAAAAACCCACUAAACCCUUCAAGCAUUGUUUGUGUCAUGAAAAGGUCAGUCCCUCCUACCAGACUGGGCGAACUCGCAUUAACCCUGCAGAGUACCCAUCUUACCACUCUAUCCACGAACAGUGAAGGAAACGGAUGGAGGUGUUCGCCCAAGCUUCCAGGGCCGGGUUUGUUCCUGUCGUUUAGCAGCUUCCGUUCAACUGAAAGACACAAGCGGAUAAAACUCUUCAAGUUCCCUGCUCGCGGAAGCAAUCUUGCCAUCGUGAGGACUCGAAUAAAUAGACCUCUAAAAGCCCUUGAAACUGGGUGCCAGAUGAAGCGUCAGCAACCAUUGGAAUGA